UUGUGAGGUUACUUCAUUUUUUUUUUUAAACGAUUUUAUUAAUUAUACCCAACGGGUUAAAUAAUGCUCAAUCUGCCGAAGUAAUUAUGCCGGAAUGGCUCGUAAACAAUGCAAAGUAAUUGAAUGUUGAGUGAAAACAUGUAGGUGGAAAAUUAUAUGGCGUCUCAUUUUGACGUAACCUCUGUAAUAAUAAUACAACAAAGAACCGUGGGUUGAGAUCGUUGAAAGACACGGAAAAAAUUGACAGUGUCGUCUGAUUUUUGAUAGUUUCUCAUAAUUUGUGAAGUAGAAGCAAUGCUGAAUUCAAAUUCCGCGGAAAGCGAAGUCGCAGAUGGAUCGUGUGAGACGAGUCAGGGAAAGCAGAGUUCCAAAUUUUCGAGAUUGAAUGGAAAGUAUUUCAGUUUUCCUUCGAAAAGCCGGAAAGAUGUUUCUUUGAAAAAUGAGGAAAAUUUAGAAUCUAUUGAGAAAAUCCGAUCUGGGGAUGGCAGAGAUGAAAUUCCUUCUGGAAGGAGUCCUGGAUUUUUUAAAAAUAUUAAGAAAAGACUGCAAAUCAGGAAACUCGUGCCGAGCAGAUCAAAACAAAAGGUUAAAUCAUCGGAACCAAACAAUGAAAUAUCCAGGAGAGAUGAUAGUUUAAAAUCGGUUUCCGCCGAGAUAGAUCCAAUAGAAAGUCGAGGACAGCUCGAGACUCCGGAAGUGAGAAGUUCGUCUAAUCCUGUCAGUUCCUACAUUGCAGCCCUGAUGUUCAACGGGGAAAAUGACGAGCGAGUACCCAGAUUCAGUGAACUAAUCGCUUCACAAUCUUUCAAUGCAGCAGCAUCUGGAAAUUUGCAAGAAGCGGGAGAAAGUGCUGCCAAAAAUUUAAAUCUAGAGGCAAACGGCGAAGGAAAAAGUUGUACAAAUUUCGAAUUGAAUGAAGAGAAUGAAAACGGUUUACGAAAGCAAGCGCACGAAAAUAAUAACGAGGAGUACCAGUACGAUGUCUUGGCUGGAGGAGCCGAAUCGAUGGAAUCGCCAAUUUAUGGCGAUUUAAAUAAAGAUAAUUUUGAGGGAAAAAAUGGAACAAAAGCGACCCUAACAGAAGAGUUGUUGAAACUCAGCAAAUAUGGAUGGUACUGGGGGCCAAUCUCGGGUGAGGAAGCUGACUCGAAACUAAUUUCUGAAUCUGAUGGAGCAUUUCUGGUUCGAGAUUCAUCAGACGACAGAUAUUUAUUAACGCUAAGUUUCAAGUCAUCCGGCAAAUUGCUGCAUGCACGAAUGGAGCACAGCGGAGGACUUUUUUCCCUCUGCAAUCACUCGGAGAAUCAUGGCUACACAUCUGUGGCCGAUUUGAUCGAUCACUCGAUGUCCUGCAGUCAGUCGGCGGUCUUUUGCUAUUCGAGGCCGCGACAUCCGGGCCAUCCUUCGUUUCCGGUGAGACUGACCAAACCGGUGAGUCGAUUUACGCAAGUGCGAAGUCUCCAGUACCUCUGUCGCUUCGUCAUUCGACAAAACACAAGACUGGACAAUAUUCACAAGCUGCCUUUACCAAAACCGAUCAGAGGUUACAUCGAGGAAGCGCAUUACUAGCUACUAUUUUAACGCUAAUUUUUAUUCUUUUUUCUUUUUACUUUUUUUUUUUUUUUGUUUAUACCGAGACUUUUUCGAUUUUAGAUAUCGAAAUUCGAUUUUUAGGCCUCACAGACCGGUCCCUAUAUUCCCUAAAGUAUCCUAUUUUUAAUAGUUGGUCCCUAUGGGUAUCCUAUUUGAAUCGGGCGCUUUGAAUAAAAUUUAA